UUGUGCCGGUAUUUACCCAAAAAGGGGAAAUUUUGUCCCAUUUUUAGGCUUGCUGGGAAGAUGUGGUCCGAGGAGGGUGGGAGGUGGCAGUGCUUGGAGGGAAGAUGUGGUUUCCAAACCUGGGCCUGAGCUGUGACUGUGCUGCCUCUUGCCAUGGAGGAUAGAAGCAGCAAUUUUAUUUUAUUGUAUUUAUUUUAUUUAGUUUUUUGCAAUGUGCUGGCCUCCCUGCUUGGGUGUUGUGCUCGAUAACUGUCAGAGGAGGUGGGCAGAGGCUGUUGGGGUGCCUCUGGCUGAGGUGAGGAGGGGUCAGGGUGCGCUGACAGCUCCUGCAAGCCCUGAUUCCCCUUUAAUUCUUAUUUUUUAAUAUUUUUUUAAGGCGAAAUCAGGAAAAAAUGUCCCUUUUAGUGACUUGGAGUUGCUAGGUGGGGAGGAAAGGUGCUGCAGAAGCAGGCGCAGCUGGCGGCGUGCCCGGACGGGGCCGGGCUGGGAGCUGGCAGCCAGUCCCCGCGACCGCGUACUGGUUCCCAGUUCCAGCAGCCCACUGGGACCAGUUCCCCCCCUCACCUCCCCCGCCACCUCCCUGCAGUGGAGCCUCCCGCCCGCCAGGGGGAGCAGCGGCGGCUGGUGCGGAAGCACCUCCCCUCCCUCCGCUCCUCCGUCCUGCCCGGAGAAAGGGGGCGGUACCAUCGAAGGGGCGGUACCAUCGAGGCGGCGGGCCAGAGCGGCGGCAGCGGCGGCGGGCGGAGUUCCGCCGCGAUGGCGGCCAUGGCAGCAGAGGAGGAGGAGUACGAGGCGGUGCUGUGCGUGAAGCCGGCGGUGCACGUCUACCGGGUACCGCCGCGGGCCUCCAACCGCGGCUACAGAGCUGCAGAGUGGCAGCUGGACCAGCCGGCGUGGAGCGGCAGGCUGCGGAUCACGGCCAAGGGCAAGCUCGCGUUCAUUAAGCUGGAGGACAAGACCUCGGGAGAGCUUUUUGCCCAGGCGCCAGUGGAGCAGUUCCCUGGCAUCGCUGUGGAGAGUGUGACGGACUCCAGUAGAUAUUUUGUCAUCCGGAUUGAAGAUGGGAACGGCCGCCGUGCUUUCAUCGGAGUCGGCUUUGUUGACCGAGGGGAUGCUUUUGACUUCAAUGUGGCUCUCCAAGACCAUUUUAAAUGGGUGAGGCAGCAGAGCGAGCUGGCCAGCCAGGCCAAGAACCCCGAUCAGGGACCAAAACUGGAUCUGGGCUUCAAGGAGGGGCAAACCAUCAAACUCAACAUUGCGAAUAUGAAGAAAAAAGAAGGACCAACAGGGAACACCAGACCGCGUCCUGCGGGUCUUGGGGGCCUGAGCUUGCUCCCACCACCUCCCGGAGGAAAAUCUUCGGUUUGUCCUUCUGGAGAGCGGCCGUCUUCGCUCUCCACGCCCGCCCAGCUCCCGGGCACCCCCAUCACAGACUCCCUCUUGUCCUGGCCGCAGCCUGCUGCUGCUCCCUCUGCCGCUGCCACCGAUGUCUGGGGAGACUUUGCUAAAGCUUCCGGGUCAGCUUCUACCCAGACUCAGGCAAACGCAGGCUGGGUUCAGUUCUGACCCGGGCCCCUUCUCCGCUCUUCCCCACAUGGGUGCUGGGAUCAUUGCGAUUCCUUCAGGACCAAAGCAGGGGCUUUGGGACACUCUGCUCCUGCCCUUAAGUCCCUCCCGGCAUCAAAAUGCUGAAAUAAGUGCCAGAGAGCAAAUGAACACGUGCCUUAAAACGCUCCACGCCAGUGCCCUCUGCGUUGGGGGCCUUUUAUUUUCUACCUGGAUUGCAGCAAACCUCUGAGGCUUCUCCUUUUGCAGAAAAAGCUGUCAGCUUUGUCACCUCUCCUUAAUAACGAGAGGGUGAGCGGGUGCUCAGAGCAGGACUCCUCUCACUCGCAGCACUGCCCCAAUUAAGGUAAUUUUCGCUAAAGGUUUGUGUGAUAGAGCCUCCAUGGAGACUUCUCCGCUUUCUCCUCGCAUAUUUGGCCUGGAUAAAUCCUUCCCUCGGUGGAGAGCAUCCUCCUGGAGACUUCUCGCCUGCAAAAUCCAGAUGAACGCCCACCUUAGCAAGAUGCUGAGCGUCGCCCCAGUUUUUUUCUGAGCACUUAACUCUGAUGCGGAAAGUGGGGAGCUGGACCGCUGUGUUUCGAUGCUGAAAUUCCUAAUUUCUUGCUCUGGGAAGAUUUUUUUCAUCUCUAUUUUGAAGACAUUUUCACUUCUUUCUGUGGACAUUUUAUUAAGCGAUAUAUGCAAUGAAGGACAGAAUGCAGUCGGUCUCUUUGACAGAGCUGGGGUUGAGAUUCCUCUUUAAACAAAUAAAUAUUUUCUUACCUA